AUGAGGCCAGGAGCAGAGUUCCCGACCAUGAGCCACGGCGCGCCCAUGGCGGCUCCAGGGGCGAACGCGACGGCGCCUCACUCGCCGUGGCAGUCGCCGGUGCCGUACCUGUUCGGCGGGCUGGCGGCGAUGCUGGGGCUCAUAGCCUUCGCGCUGCUCAUCCUGGCCUGCUCCUACUGGAAGCUGUCCGGGUACCUCGACGCGGACCGCGACCGGCGGGCCGGGUCGUCCGGGGAAGGUGGCGGCGCCGACGGGGAGAAGGGCUCGGCGGCCGGCGCGGCCAGGCCGGCGGCGGAGUUCCAGGAGCACGUGGUGGUCAUCAUGGCCGGCGAGGAGAGGCCGACCUUCCUGGCCACGCCGGCGGCCAGCCGAGCCGUUGUGGAGCUCGGAGCCGUGCCAGCCGCGCCGGGCGGCUCCGGCUCGGGCUCGGGCGAGGAGAAGAAGGCGCACGCGGACGACGGCGACUGUGAGCAGGGAGUGCCCCGGCUCGGCGCCGACGCCGGCGCCGGCGCCAUGAUCCGGGGCAGUGAAGGCAGCAGCACCAGCAGCGCGACGGCGCUGGCUGAGUGA